AUGGAAUCAGAACUUGCCCAGGCUGCCCGCCAGAAACGCCUCAAGGCAGGAACAGCCUGCACCAACUGUCGCCGCAAGAAGCUGCGUUGCACUGGAACUCCCGCCUGUGCCAGAUGUGUCACCCACAACCUCGAGUGCGUCGUCGACGAGGCCCUCUUCCUCAAGACAAACACCCCCCAGUCCCUCUACGCCAAGUCAACCGCGUCCUCAUCUCAAGGACCCAUGGGCUUGUCCUCUUCCUCCUCUCAUCACCAUCAUCACCAACAGCAUCACCAGGGCCAUCACAGUCUUCACAACAACCAUAACAAUCGCCACAACAGCAGUCAUAACAGUCAACAACAACAGCAUAAGUCAAAGAGCAACAGUAGUUAUCAUAAUGGGGGCGGCUCGUAUCAUCAUAGCGACGGACAUAUGUCCUCGUCGUCCGAUAUCGACGACUUUACAGAGAGGAAGACCUCGUUCGAGUCCCAGUCUGACCGCCGCACGUCUGCAAGUAGCGCAAACAGCUACUCGAGCAUGAGUCCUAGCCCUUCCCCUGCCAAUUACCCUUACAACAUCAACCAGGAUGACUUUUCAGGCAACAACUUCAACAACGAUAAGUCUUCGUAUCGAUCAGGUUCAGGGCUCGACCACGCUUCUUCUUCCUCCCCUUUAUCCUCCUCAAUCAACAACCAGCAACACAACAGUAACAGUGGAUACAUCUCCCAGUCGUCGUCAGGGAACAUUAACAAUAAGCGGACGUCGAGGGAUCAGGAUACGACCAAGCCCAAGCAGAAGCGGCGGGACUCCCGUCCAAACCGAGACCGAGACAGCGACCCUCCAUCUCCGCAACUUGCUCCACAAGACUCGGGACCUUCGACUUCCUCGUCGAGUGCGAGUAAGAGUAAGAAUGGAGGGACGAGCGGAGAGGACUUCAAAUCAGUCGUGAGCACAAUGAGCCUGGAUGGUCACGGUCAGCACUUCCACGGAAGUAGUUCAGGAUUCUAUGUGUGCCAACUCAGUUCCCGGUACCGCCAGGGUGUCUACCCGCUGCCAAUGGCCCAUUUGAACGACAGUGAUCUGUGGUCGCACUCCCUCCAGAUGACAAGCGAACGGGAGCUGCCCUCAAAGGAAGAGAUGGAUGUCUUGCUCGACCUCUACUUCCGAUACAUGUACCCCUUCGCACCCAUGUUCAUCCGCAGGAACUUCAUAGAGCAAUGCCAAAAGCGACCCGACCUCUCCCAGAUCUUGAUCCUUAACGCCAUCUUCUGUAACGCCUGCUGGUACUCGGAUGACCCGCUUAUCAAACAGGAUUCGACAAAGUACUUUAACCGGGCCAAGAUUAUCCUUGACGAGACCUACCAUGUCUCCAGGAUCAGUACUGUUCAGGCGUUGCUUCUAAUGUCUCACCACCAGUAUGCUGUCGGCAACUACUCUGGAGGUUGGCUGUACACAGGCAUGGCCACCCGUAUCGCUCACGAUAUCGGACUUCAUCGCCAGGAUUUCCAGGUGAACGAGCCUCUGGAAGCAGAGAUUCGCAAGAGAGUAUGGUGGGCGGUCUAUAUUGCGGACAGACUUGGAGGCGGUGUUCUUGGACGGCCACUGAACCUGCGGGACAAGGAAUACAAUGUACAGAUGCCCUCGGAUGACUGGAUCAACGAAAUCGGAGGCGACGAUGAAGUCGAGUACCCAUACGAGCCCGAACGCAUUGUCUCCUGUCGAUUGCUUUGGACUGUCAAGCUAUUCAUGCAGAUGGGCAACGUUCUCAACACGAUGCACUGUAUCGAGGCUGAGAUCAACGGCGCCUUCUUGGCGGACAUCUCCAGGACACAACUUCCUCAGCUCCACAACAGUCUGACGUCUUGGUUCUUGUCGCUCCCGAACGAGCUCAUGUACACGCCUUACACCAUGUCGCCCAACUCGAACCACCCUCCUUCGCCACCUACAGCACUGAUGCACAUGUUCUACUACACGACCCUGACGAUGCUCCACCGUCCAUACCUUCGACCUGUCAACUCGGCUGCAAUCGACUCCAACUUUUUGAUCUCUUCUCGAAACAUCUGUACAGCGGCUGCGACGAACGUCUGUCAUAUUGCCGACUCGUUGAUGCUUCAUGGCCAGCUGCGGGAUACAUGCUACUAUGGAAUGGCCUGUCUCUUGGCCGCAGGAACCGUCCAUGUCCACAACGCCAUCCAGCCUACUCCAACCAACCGUGAGACCACCCGCGCAGGACUGUCCAAGACUGUCAAGGCCGCUCACGAGUUGGUCAAGACUUUCCCAGUUGCCGAGUCCUUGAUUGCAGUAGCACUAGACGUUUUCGCCAGUCAGACAACAUCUGUCCCGACAGAGAUGGCGGCCUCGUUCAUUGACAUUUCGACCUUUGUGGCACCCUUCCUUGACAUGACACAGCUGCAGUUGUCAUCCAUCGGGAACAUUUAUGAGGCGGCUCGGUUGGCAAAGUUGGCCAAGGACGGACCCGGGCCGGCACCUUCGAUCCAACUGCGUCAUCCCUAUGGAAACUUUUCGAUGCCCCUACCCGAGCAAAGCAAGGACCAGACUUCGACCAACCUCAGCUCGAUGUGGCAGAGUCAGAUUGCAACUGCGGUUGCUAUGGCGGCCAUUGCGUUUGGUGGAACCGAUCCUCAGCAGGAAGAACAGCAGUUCUUUGCUAACCCGUUGGAGUUGCCAGAGUCGUUGCGUUUGGCACCUAUUGAUGCUAUGAUGUUUGGUAUUGAUGGUAACGGGGCUGGACUGGAUUUUGGCGUCGAUCCUUUGGCACAGCUUGGUGGGCUUGGCACUGGUGCAGGUGUUGCGACCGCGGCUGGUACAGUGACUACUAGUACAACGACGGCUUCAGUUGGAGCGACGACUGCAACGACCACAGCCUCUGCAACUAUCGCUGCUGCGAUGGGUGGGUUCGGGAUGCCUUUUCAGCAUACAGAGUCACACCUGCUCCAAUACCAGCACAUGCAGCCUCAGUUGACCUUCCAGCAACAGCAACAGCAACAGCAGCAACUCCUCCAACAGCAACAACAACAACUCCAACAGCAACAGCAAUUACAGCAACAGUUGCAACAGCAGCAACAGCAGCAGGCUCAGCAGGCUCAACAACAGGCACAGCAGAACCAACAGUUCCAACAACAGCUUCAGCAACAGCUUCAACAGCCCCAACAGCAGCAGCAACCAGUGGCGAAGUCCUCAGUCCCUGUCACUCAGCCUGACCCACCUUCUCCUCCGGCUCCUACACAAACUGCCCCUCCACUUGCUCAGUCACACUUAGCUGGCUUGUUUGGACAGUCGGGUGGAAGCACAUUCAGCACUGCUCAGGCACUCAACUUUAUGCAAGCAGCUCUUGCAUCCUCCCUGCAAGUCACCUCCCCAACCCCUCUCCAGCCUACUACUACCACCACCCAGGCAACGCCCACACCUGCCGCGUCUGCAGUGCCCAUGUCGGUCUCGCCCCAAAUGGAAGACGACUCUGCAGACCCACCCUCCCCACCUGCCAUCUUUUCUUCGGACGAUAUGGAUAUGGAAGCCUCCUCGCUCUCGAAUGACACUCCUAGUCCUGCUCACUCUCGCCAAGAGAACCCCGCUCCCUCUGAUUCUUCUGCAGGCGCCUCCAGCAACAGCAGCUCGGUUCUGGAUAUUGAAAAGAGCCUUGCCUUCUUUAACGAGGCCCUGAUGCACAACAUGGAAUGUUAA